AUGCGCCUGCUUUCUCUUGACUCCGAGGACGGUCUGAUACUAUCAGAGGAUCUGCCUGAGAAGGAGCUCCCUGCGUAUUCCAUUCUUUCCCACACAUGGAGCCUCCGCGGCAUUGAGGACGAAGUGACCUUUGCUGAUAUCAACAACAGGACUUACAGAGACAAGGCCGGCUAUUCGAAAGUGCUAUUCUGUGCCAGGCAGGCGAAGCAGAAUGGUUUAGAUUACUGCUGGGUUGACACUUGCUGCAUCGACAGGAGCAAUUCGACCGAGCUCAACAGAGCGAUCCAGUCCAUGUUCCGCUGGUAUCAGAAUGCGGCUUUCUGCUAUAUUUAUCUGUCUGACGUGUCAACGGCUGCUUCUGAUGGCCAGAACAACAAAUAUCGUAAUUGGGAGAAUGACUUCAAGAGAAGCAGAUGGUUCAGACGUGGCUGGACUUUGCAAGAGCUACUAGCUCCUAGGAGGGUGGUUUUCUUUUCCCAGGAGGGGCGUGAUCUAGGACACAGGGAGGACCUGGUCCAUCUACUCGUACCCAUUACGAGAAUAACCCCAGCUGCACUCCAAGGUAGAGAGCUAUCGACGUUUUCGUCGGGUGCGCGUCAGCAAUGGGUCGAAGGUCGGGAGACCAAAGAACCGGAAGAUAUCGUGUAUUGCAUGCUCGGAGUACUUGGAUUCUCGCUGGUACCAAACUACGGCGAGGGCGAGGCUAAUGCCAGGGCUCGACUCCGAGACGAGAUCAAUAAGACAGCAGUCUUUCGUCGAGGCGUCAGCUAUGUCGAUGUGGCAACGUUGCUGAUCUUUGCUGUGGUCCUGUUCAUAGUUCCUCAUUGGUUGACUGGGUCAGACGGAGUUCAGAGCUAUCAGCAGGAACGUAAGCUCGACAGCAAUCUCCCUAUAUACGCGGUUCUUGGUGUGACUGGUGUUGGCAAAAGCACCUUCAUAGCCACUGCGGGCGGGAAACAUAUCGAGACAGGCCGCCCACCCUCCAUCAGCCACCAGCUUGAAUCUCACACCGACGCCACCAACUUUUACCGCUUUGAUUCCCGUAUUACGGGACCCGGUUGCCUUGUCGAUACUCCGGGCAUUGAUGAAAGCAAUAGGACUCGGACGGACACCGAGAUCAUGCUGACGAUAGAGAAUUCGCUAAGAGAAUUGAACGUCAAGGACAAGCUGCUGAUGGGUUUGAUAUUUCUUUACGAUAUCCGGUCGCCACGUGCCACUGGCUCAAUACUGACUGCUCUCGACACAACCCUUCACAUGAUGGACCGCCUCUUGGGCGUCACAAGCAUAGCUAAGAUCACACUCGUGACGACGAAGUGGACAGUAGGCGCAACCUACCAACAAAGAGUUGAAGAGGAACAGAGGGAACGAAUGCUCCGCAUGAGUUAUUGGCAGGGGCCACUGUCAUGCAAUUCAGAAAUGGCUAGGUACGACAACACUAAGGAUUCCGCACUCAACAUUAUCGCACGUCUAAAGAGUCGGGAGACGCCUAUUGAGCCACCUGUCGAUGGAUGCUUCCCGAAACCGGGUCAGCUUGCAUCACCGAAAAGUCCGCAGCAAUCGACGUUUGCGAAGAGCACUUCUUGGAGGCUGAGCACAGCUCUCAAGUGGCUUCUCGAUGCUGCGGCGGCAGUGGUGGCCUGCCUUCUUGUCUAUACGGGACUUGACCACUACGGAUCCGAAGACAAAACAAUGGGUGGCGGCAUCAUGAUCACGGUUGGUGUAUGUACGUUUGCGGCUCUUGGUCUCAUCUUCACGCAUGGCAUAUGGCCACUCACUACGAUGUGGAUUCCGAUGGCUUGUUUGCUCAUCGGAUCGUCAAUUGACGACCUAAUGAGACUUGGAAUAAUGGGGUUCCGGCUGAUCGAUGGACUCGUGAUGGCAACCGGCGUGUGUUUGCUGACAGGCUGGUGGAUUUAUGGCUAG